AAAAAAUGAUUUAGAAACCCGAAUUAAAGAGUUAGACAAAGAGGAAGAAAGAAGCAUGCCAAAUUUUCCCUCGCGACCAAAUCAUCCUCUUGCGGCUCCAUUCCUUAACCGAAGAAAAUCGCAACAAAGGCUUGAAAUUGUUGAAAAAAUUUUCUCCGGUUUACUACACCGUUUAUCGCCGAAAAGGCUUCGAAGAGGAAGUUAUUCAUGUAGUCAAUUGCCGCUUAAGCAA